AUGGCUGCCAGAAAAGGGAAUAUGACGGCAUCAAAUCUGGAGGCAUCCAAAUCGGUGUUGUUGCAACCUCGGGAUAGCGCACACCGCUCGCAUCCGGGGGGUAUGGGAAUGGUAUUCUCAGAAAAAGAUAUCUGGCGUCCAGAUCUAGAAUCACUACGGAACGGCUGCGAGAUGCAGCCAAAAAUACACGGAAAGAUCGACCUUUCGGGCCCAUCUCGGCGCGAAUCUGACGCCUCGUCUGCAUCUCGCUAUUCUCUGCGACAUGCGCGGCUGCACUCGCCGUCUCUAGGUGGAGCAAUUGCUAUGCGGUCGUGA